CCACAGGUGUCAAACUGGUGGCCCUCCAGCUGUUGCCAAACUACAAGGCCCAUGAGGCAUUGCAAAUUGACAGUUACAAGCAUGACUCCCAAAGGCAGAGGCAUGAUGGGACUUGAAGUUUUGAACAGGGGUGGGCAACUGUGGCCCUCCAGCUGUUGGUGAUCUACAAGUCCCAUCAUGCCUCUGCCUUUGGGAGUCAUGCUUGUAACUGUCAGUCUUGCAAUGCCUCAUGGGAUUUGUAGUUCUACAACAUCUGGAGGGCCACAGUUGCCCACCCCUGCAUUAGUGCA